GGGAGCGGACGGGCCCGGGACCGGCUGCGGUCCGUGCGAGGCUGAGCCGGCCGCGGGCGCGACCGGAGGCAGUUUCAGUUACUAUGGCAAUGACAGCAGGGACCACAAGCACCUUUCCUAUGAGCAACCAUACCCGGGAAAGAGUGACCGUGGCCAAGCUCACGUUGGAGAAUUUUUACAGCAACCUAAUUUUACAGCAUGAAGAGAGAGAAACCAGGCAGAAGAAAUUAGAAGUGGCCAUGGAAGAGGAAGGAUUAGCAGAUGAAGAGAAAAAGUUACGCCGAUCACAACAUGCCCGAAAGGAAACAGAGUUCUUACGGCUCAAGAGGACCAGACUUGGCUUGGAUGACUUUGAGUCUCUGAAAGUUAUAGGAAGAGGAGCAUUUGGAGAGGUGCGGCUGGUCCAGAAGAAGGAUACAGGGCAUAUCUAUGCAAUGAAGAUAUUGAGAAAAGCUGAUAUGCUUGAAAAAGAGCAGGUGGCCCAUAUCCGAGCAGAAAGAGAUAUUUUGGUUGAAGCAGAUGGUGCCUGGGUGGUGAAAAUGUUUUACAGUUUUCAAGAUAAGAGAAAUCUUUAUCUGAUCAUGGAAUUUCUCCCUGGAGGUGACAUGAUGACAUUGUUAAUGAAGAAAGAUACCUUGACAGAAGAGGAGACACAAUUCUACAUUUCAGAGACUGUUCUGGCAAUAGAUGCAAUCCACCAGUUGGGUUUCAUCCAUCGGGAUAUUAAACCAGACAACCUUUUAUUGGAUGCCAAGGGUCAUGUAAAAUUAUCUGAUUUUGGUUUAUGCACGGGAUUAAAGAAAGCUCAUAGGACUGAAUUCUACAGAAACCUUACACACAACCCUCCAAGUGACUUCUCAUUUCAGAACAUGAACUCAAAGAGGAAAGCAGAAACAUGGAAGAAGAAUAGGAGACAGCUGGCAUAUUCUACAGUUGGGACACCAGAUUAUAUUGCUCCAGAAGUAUUCAUGCAGACUGGUUACAAUAAAUUGUGUGACUGGUGGUCUUUGGGAGUGAUUAUGUAUGAAAUGCUAAUAGGGUAUCCGCCUUUCUGCUCUGAAACUCCUCAAGAAACAUAUAGAAAAGUGAUGAACUGGAAAGAAACUUUGGUAUUUCCCCCAGAGGUACCCAUAUCUGAGAAAGCCAAGGACUUGAUUCUAAGAUUUUGUAUUGAUUCUGAAAACAGAAUUGGAAAUAGCGGAGUAGAAGAAAUAAAAAGUCAUCCUUUUUUUGAAGGUGUAGACUGGGGACACAUCAGGGAAAGGCCAGCAGCGAUCCCUAUAGAAAUCAAAAGCAUUGAUGAUACUUCAAAUUUCGAUGACUUUCCCGAAUCUGAUAUUUUACAACCAGUGCCAAACACCACAGAACCUGACUACAAAUCCAAAGACUGGGUUUUUCUCAAUUAUACCUAUAAAAGGUUUGAAGGGUUGACUCAACGUGGCUCUAUCCCCACCUACAUGAAAGCUGGAAAAUUAUGAAUAAAGAUCACAUUCGUCCACAACCAAGAGAACUCAGGUAGCUGCAUCACCAGGCUUGCUUGGCGUAGAUAACAAUACACUGAAAUACUCCUGAAGAUGGUGGUGCUUAUGACUACAAGAGGAAAUUCUACAGGAUUAGGAUUUCUAAGACUACUACAGGAAUUGGUUGGCAGUGCCAGCUGGCUUUUUUUUUUAAUAUUUUAUUAUUUUUGUUAACUUUAUUAUACGAAGGUACUGGAAUAAAAGAAACGUACAUCCCUUUGUAACUGCACUGCCUACAUGCGUAUUAAGGUCCAUUCUGCCUGUGUGUGCUGUGGCUUUGUACUGUAACACCUCUAAUCAAUUCAGGAGAAACAUAUCAUUUAAAGCAACAUAGGCUAACCUAUAGGUAACACUGCAGUAUUGCUGUUUACUGCAAAUCUUAUGGGUCUAGAUAAUCAAAAAAAGCCAUCUUCCAUAGUUGGUGUUAGAGUAUUUGCCCUAUUGGUUUGGACACCUAUAGAAUGAAUAGAUAUGAAGACAAUUUCUGUACUGGUUUUAAGAAAUUUAAAAAAAAAUACACUGGUUAUUUAAGAAAUAGAAUUUAUCAUCAUGUUAUUUCACAAACUGCACAGUUGGGAGUGACAAGUUUAUAAUAAGGAGGAAGCUUAACACCUUCUUCACUCGAGCACUCCACUAAAAUAUUUACUUUGCAUUCAGAAAUACUGAUGACCUUUAUAUAGGUAGUCUGUACACUCAUAGGGAGAUGUACUGUAUCAUAUAAAAUGUAAAGUUGCUUUUCUUGUGACAAAAGGACUUCUUUUUUAACAAGAGGACAUGGCAUUAUUUUGAUUUGAUUAUGGUGAGUUGAAUUUCAGAAAUGACCGUGAAGGCUGCUUGUAGAACUGGUGUAUUUUUAUUAAACUAUUUUUUUAAAUGUCAAUCUUCUGAUCAUGUAAAUGGACUUGUAGAGAACAAAGAGGUAUUUACUUUGGUUUUUCUAGAAAGUUGUUACAUAUCAUGGAUGGUUACAUUUUAUUUCUUUUGGUGAAAAUGUUUCCUUUGAUAGCACUUGUAUUAUUGUGCCAUUAUUUUCUUACACUCCAGACGUACCAAAGAUCCUGAACAGAGUGGAUGUUCACAACUGAGUAGAAUUUUCCUUUCCUGUGAAAAUGCCAUAGUCAGGCACGACAGAUCUUUGACAGAGGUCAGCUUAUUGAAGGGCAACAUCGUUCAUGUUCAGCUCCAUCACUGUGGUUAAUGGAGGUGGAAUUAAGGAAAUAAAUGCGGGCCAGGAGCAGGGGGUUGGGAGGGGAGGUUGUGAUGAGGAUGGGGAAAUGAUGUCAGCAUCAAAUUCUUUAGCUGUUGCCUGAAGAAUGAAGUCAUCUUUUCUAACUCAACACUUUAAUUCUAAAAUGACUCUGAGGUUUUGGUUUCAUAAGUACUAGUUAAGGAACAAUACUUUAUCAAAUAAUGGCCUAAUGUUUGUCUUAACUGUUAAUUGAUGAAGAGUGUUUUAAAGAUACAACAGUUACAACCAUAAUCUAUGAUCAAAAUCAAAAGCAGUGAUUUAUUUGUAGCUAUGGGGGAAGAACUGCAUAGGAUCAUUGUGCAAAUCUACAGAAGCUUUUAUAAAUGUUGCUGCUAGGUAGCUCCACAAUGUUUCUACAAGGCCAUCCUGGUUUGUUUGUUUUUCUCCCCCUGUUCUCUCUCUUUCCCUCUUCCUUCCAUUCUUUCUUUCUAGUAUUUGUUUGAUAUUUAUUAUGUGUUCAUCCAAUAGUUCAUCUCCAUUUCUCUUAUUUGGAUCAUGUGGCAGAGAAUCUAGAGGGGAGAGAGAACUAUUAAAAUUCUAGAGGUCUCAAUUUGACCAGCCCUGGUUCUUCUAAGUAUAACUCACUCUAAUUUAAAAAAAAUAUGUUACUGCUGCUCAGUUUUAUGAGAUUUUUUUCACCCCACUCCAUCCCCUCUUUAAAAAAAGAAAAAAAAAAAAAGAAAGGACUGACUUUUGUUAGUGUGACAGUGAAUGAUUAGGAUAGGAGGAAAUUACAUCAUUUUCUAGUUGAGAUAUGGUAACUAUUCUAGUAUAGAACAAUGUUGUUAAUUCAAGUUGACAGAGAGAGAAAGAGGGGGGUGCAGUUACCUAUGUUUACUUUUAAAUUGAUUAAGAGGAGAGCAUAUUGGUAUAUUGGUUUCCAUCUCCCUUAUUUUUAUUAGCGGGAAGAACUUGGAAAUGGUUAGGAUUUCUUGGCACUGGAAGGGCAGUUCUGGAAAGUUUACUUUGUUUAGUGUCUUACUUUUCCCUGGAGUUAACAGAGUGAUUCACAAUCUUUGGGGUUUCCUCCUCAUCACAAGCAUUUCUUAAGUGCCUAUCUAAAAGUAACAGAAGACUGUGUCUGUCCUUUGGAAGCUAAGAAUUUGAUUCAUUAUGCAAAUUAGCUAGAUAAUUUGCAAAGCACCCUUGUGAUUGAAUUUUCUCUAUUACACACUUACAUAUUUCAGGUGAACCAUAUAAUUUAAAUGACAAAACCCUAUCUAAUCAACUGGGCAUAAUGACAUUUUCUUUAAAUUAGACUCUAUUUUGAAUUAAAAGAGUUUUAUUAUAAA